AUUCGCCGCCACCGAUGUCGAUGCCGUGUUUUCACUCAAUACGUUUUCGACACUCCGCGUGAGGUCUGUCAAAUCGAGACCUCGCGGAUUUUCCCCCUCCGAAUUUAUAGUGGUGCAAGAAACGAUGUCGGGGUUCCGGUGGUCAACCGACAAUUUUGAUGAGCCGGAGCCUAUAUCAAACAGGCCGGACCUGAUCUGGGGGGUAGUUAUAGCGUGUUUGAUAUUUUCGUGGGUUUGCGUUUGUCUUCGAUUAUAUGUGCGACUCAGGGUCGUCCGCGCACCUGGUUGGGAUGAUUUAUGUGUGGUACUCUAUCUAUUUAUGGUCACGGCUGGGUCGAUAGCAGUAUGCUGUGCAGUAACAUUUGGACUCGGCAAGCAUUUUUUACAGCUCGAGGAAUGGCAGGGGAAAAGCUUUCUAAAGACCUUCUACAUUGCAAACGCCACAUACGUAACCGCAACAGCGCUAAUUAAAGAGGCGCUCUUAUUACAAUAUCUCCGAGUUUUCGAGCGAGCGGUAAUACUCCGCCGAUUCCUAAUUUUCCUGGUCGUGUUCACGGCGCUCUGGGGCAUUGCAUAUUCUUUUUUGGCCUGGGCGCCGUGCAUUCCUGUUCACGACUUUUGGAAUGGUGGAGGCCCAUUAUGUUAUGGAUACGGCUCGCAAUAUAUCCGACCUUUCGUCGCCACAUUCGAGAGCCAUGCCGCAUCUAAUAUGGUACUGGACAUUCUGGUACUAGUCAUCCCACUACCGUUAUUGUUUAAAGACGGCACAACCAACUGCGCCCGCGUACGGGUGGUCGGUCUCAUUUCUAUGGGCAUCUUCGUUUUGGUAUUUGCAGUUUGGAGAUUAAUAACGAUUAUCGACCAUCAAGUGGCAUCUUGGCCGACCCGAGAUCCGACCUGGUACGGCCCGAUCAGCAUCAUCUUAGCAGUCCUUGAAAUCGAUGCCGCUAGCGUUUGCGCGAGCGUCCCUAUCUUUUGGCCAGUCAUCAGUAGCAUGAACUGGGGGAAAAUAUUUGUGACGCAGGAAGUUAAUAUUACGAGGGAGACACGAUACAUGGAGGACGACGAGGACGAACUAACGAGGGACACCACGCACAGCAGGACGGGUAGUGAGGCGGAGUUAGGUGAAAGUGGGAGGAAAGGCGCAAGGAAUAAAGGGAUGUAUUACCAAGAUUCGUACGUCUUAAGCCACGUAGAUCCCUUGCGAUCUUCAGCUGAGCGCGUACAUGCGAGCGCAAUAAGCGAUAUGGCGAAAAACGGUUCGAAGAAAUGGGUAAAAAUAUGAGGCAUGGUUGGAUAUAUAAUAAAACCGUUAACUGCUCACUCCCUCUUUUGCCAGAAAUCUGAUCCCCAUUGUUAUCGCCCAAUCCCACGCAGG